UCAUACCUUUGGCGCGCGCUCUCAGGAUUCGCAAGGAUCGGCACCAGCGAGUGUCUGUCUGUAUGUAUGCAGUGCGGCAGUGUACGCACUCCGCGAGCUUCUGCAGGAGGACUGAAUGAAGUCGGCAGCCUCGGAUACUUCGGUGGCAGGAUCAGCAGGCGUCGUCGUCGGUCGGCCGGUCGGAUUGUCGGAUGGUCGGAUGAGAGGAAACAUUACAUAGGGACUACGGGCGGAGUCGUGGUACUAUGGGAUUCUUACCGCACUAAAACCUCUCCCCUUCUUCGCCACCAUGCAGGACCUGUAUCACUAUACUACUCUGCGAUGCUGAUUAUCUAUGCCUCUUUGGCAUUUCCACUACAUCAUGUAAAUGCUGGCCUCCACUGCCACUAUCCUCGUAGACCCUUUGCAGCCUCCACUCGUCUUCUUCUUCUGAUAUGUACCCCGCUACAAUAUCCCAGCUCUUCGCACUCUUCAGCAUUUGACUGA